AUGACUUGUUUAAUACUUUUAUUAUUAGUUAUUGUACUUUCUCUGUCUGAGAAGACAAGUUGUGCCUCACCUUAUUACUUUUCACCAUUAUCAAGUGUAGAAAGCUCAAUAACAUUAACACCUGAACAGUUUAGUUCACAAACUAUAAAUUGUAAUGGUCAAACCCAAGGAAAUGGAAUGUGGAUUGAUAUUGCUAAUCAUUAUGAAUUUACUCUUUCUUUCCAAAUAAUUGCUUCUGAAGAUAUUACAAUGCAAUAUUAUACUGAUUGUUCAUCUGUGUGUCAAGCAGAUAAUAAAGAGGCUUUUCUUGUUCUUACUUCAGGACAUCAUCAAUUAGUUUAUGUUUCUUUUAAUACACCAUACAAUACUAUUUUCUUUUACCCAAUCUCACAAGGUACAGUAAAUAAACCAAUCAAAGUAACUGAUCCUUUUCCAAAGUCAAUAGAUACCACUCUUUCAAUGAAAGAUGAAAAUGGUAUUUACCAAUCUUUUAUUCUUUUAACUGUUAAAGAGCAUUGGAAAUAUGGAAUUAAUAUUGCUUCAACAUUACCUAUUACAACCAAAAUUCAAUGCUCUUCAAUUUCUUUUAAUAAAACAUUUACUGAUCAAUAUAUUGAAUUUGAUAGUGAACAAGAUAAUACACAAUUCCUUAUUUCUUUUAUUAGCCCAUCUAUUACAGUUAUUAAAGUUACAUUUAAUCAAACAUUCUUCCUUCCUACUUCAAUUGAAGAAAUUAACGUAUAUCCUUAUAUUAGAUAUGAAACUGUUCCACCUUCAUCACUUCCUGAUUCAACUGAAAUUUUUGGAUAUAACUAUCAAAUUAAUCCUCAAUCAAAUUAUCAAUACUUUGUUGAUUUAUGUUCUUCUUCAGACACUAAUAUUACCUUUGGCCUUUUAUCUUCUGAUUACAAAAUUCAAUCUCUUCCAUGUAUUUCUUCAAGUGGAAUUAAAUACAGUUUUAAUACUUCAGACUCGGUUAAUCCAUUUUUAUUUAGAAUAGGUUUUACUUCAGUAAGUCCAAAUGCUCGUACAUUUGUUCUUCAAGUACAUAACCAAAAAUUAGAUAACUCAUCAACAUCAUCAAAAAUAAUACUUACGGUAGUUAUUGCUUCUAUUUUAUUUGUUCUUAUAUGCCUUAUUCUUGUUACUAUUAUUUGUGUUUUGCGCUUAAUAAAAAAGAAAUCAAAGUAUACUUCAAUCGGAGAAGAAGCUUAUCCAACAAUUAUUUCUGCUUAA